AUGGUCAUCAAUGCGACGCUCUUCUGGGAUGAGAAGGAGGAGAGGUUCCUCGAGAAGCCCCUCAUCCUGUCGGUGGAACGGCACAUGAGCAACAAGAAGCACGAAGUGUUGGGUUCGCUGCAGUUGGACCUCUCAGAGCAUGUUGACAUCGAGAGCGAUUCAGAAACCACCAAGAAGAUGAAGCUGAAGCUGUCCGAGGGAACUUUCAAGUCUAUGAGUGUUGAGAUGAUGGUUGAGAUAAUGGUUGAGAUGAUGAUCGACUCAAAGUUUUCGCUUGAUCGUGUUGUGAUGCUGAUGGAGCAAUCAGGGGCCAGCGAAGAUGAUGACCUGGAGGAGGAAGAGGACGAUGAUCACGAGGCCAAGACGAGCAACGCAGAGAAUGAUUCAGACAAGUCGGACGCAGAGCAGGAGGUUCGUCACAUGGCGACCCUCCCUGACCUCGUUCUCAUCCCUUGCAAGCAGCAGGAGCAGGAGGACAUGGUGCAGUAUAGGAGACGGCGUGCUCCAGCGCCUCAGAGAGAUCGAGAUCCUCGUAUCCCCUAG